AUGACUGAAGAAGCUAAAACGAGUGAAGAAUAUGCGUAUUUGGAUAGAGGCGGAUUUUCUUCUGAAAAGUUUAAAAUUGAACUACGUGGUCUACCUAAGUUUUAUGGUAUAGCGGAACUGAAAAAGCUCAUGAAUCAAAAGUUAGGAUUAAGUGUAAGUAAAAUUAAGAGGCAGAGAGUUGGAAACCAUUGGUUGUAUGCCUGCUUUCAAAACGAUGAGGAGAGAGACAAAGCAAUAGCUGCUCUUAAUGGAUAUGAAUGGAAAGGUAAAAAACUCUUAGCGGAAGUCGCAAAACCAGCACCAGAUCCAUUGGUGAAGAGGAAACAAGAAGGUACUGAAAAUGGAAAGAAUGCUAAAAAGCAGAAAACUGAUGAUCAAGAAAACAAGAGCCAAGAGGAGAGAUUGAAGAAUGCUGUAAUUCCCUAUUGGAAUUUGCCUUAUGAAGAACAGCUGAAGAUUAAAGAAAAAGAAAUUAAACAGAUACUUAUGAAAUUUGACAAUGAGUUGUGGAAGAUAGACAAGCAGAAACGUAGCAAAAUAGAAGCGAAUAGAAAGUUAUAUGAUGGGUUAAGCUUUGAACUUAAACCAAUUCAGAGAUCACCGAUGACCGAUGGAUACAGAAAUAAAUGCGAGUUUACCGUUGGAAUGGACGAAGAAACAAAGAAACCAACUGUCGGAUUUAGAUUAGGAUGCUAUUGGGCUGGGUCCGUGGCUGUUGCUCCCGUGGAUUGCCUGAAUCAUAUUCCUGACAAUAUGAAGAAGGCUGUUCUUGUGUUUCAAGAGUUCGUCCGCAAGUCAAACAUGCCACCGUACAGCCCAGUUGAUUAUUCAGGGUAUUGGAAGUGCCUCACCGUCAGACAGUCGACAAACAAUGGAGAUAUCAUGCUAAUCAUUGCUAUGGAUCCACAGACCUUAUCCUCUGAUGAGUUAGAGAAACUAAAGCAAGAACUAAAAGAUUACUUCAGCGUGGAAGAUGCGACAGCGUGUGGGAUCAAAUCUGUCUACGUACAUUUUGUUGCCAAGAGGAGAGCUGGCGAAGAAGCAGCAAAGCCGAUACACCUCCUGGGAUCCACGCACAUUACAGACACCAUACUCGGUAGACAAUUCCGGAUAUCGCCAGAAGCGUUCUUCCAGAUUAACACAGCGGGUGCAGACAUCCUCUACCAGAGUGCGAUAGACCUCAGCCGUGUUGAUGAGAAAACUACCCUCAUCGAUGUUUGCUGUGGUACUGGCACCAUCGGCUUGUGUUUCGCCAAGCACUGCGGGCAGGUGCUUGGGCUCGAAUUAAUAGAGAAAGCAGUAGAAGACGCAAGAGCGAACGCACAAUUGAACAACAUCGAGAAUUGUGAUUUCUACGCCGGUAAAGCGGAGUACACACUACCGGCUGUUUUGGCUCGCGCUAGCAGCGAUGACAUCAUCGCUGUUGUCGACCCACCGCGGGCUGGUCUACAUACGAACGCAGUUGUUACCCUUCGGAAUAACAAGAAAGUGAAACGGCUGAUCUACAUAUCGUGCAGCCCGGCGUCAGUCACGAAGAAUUUUGUGGAUCUUGCGCGUGCGUCGUCAAAGACGUUGCAUGGGGCGCCCUUCAUACCCAUUUGUGCGAUCCCAGUUGAUAUGUUUCCGCACUCGAAGCACGUCGAACUAAUCGUACUAUUUGAAAGGGAACAGGAACCAAACGAAGUAGAAACAGUUGAAUCAAAGGAUGAAAAACCAGACAUUGAAAAUAUGACAGAAAACGUUGUAAACGAUGUGAUUAAUACAGAAAAUGUAUAG